AUGCCUCAAGCCUUCCCUAUAUUUCCUCUCCUCAGCUACGACUCCCGCAAGAACAGCAUGACGGAGGCGAGGAACUGGGCAGACAAGAAGACACUCGGAGGCCGGGGACACUUCGACCUGCAGUCAUCACCGGCGUCUCUAGUGCUGGACAGUGUGAGGGCUGGCGACGAAGGCCUAUAUCGCUGCCGGGUCGACUUCAAGAAAAGUCCCACCAGGAAUGCCAGAACUAACCUCACUGUUAUAAUUCCGCCUCACGCACCCACGAUCCUAACGAAGGAGGAAGGCCAGCCGGUGUGGACCAUGGUGGGCCCUUACAACGAGGGGGAGUCGCUCACCCUCACCUGUCAGGUCGAUGGAGGUAAACCAACUCCCCGUGUGGUGUGGCUGAUGAACGGGGAGGUGGUGGAUGAGAAGAGCGAGACUCAGGGCCCUCAGAGAGUCACUAACACCCUCACCUUGGAGAAACUCACCCGUAGUCACCUCCACGCGGCCCUCGUGUGUCAAGCUUCCAACAAUAAUCACAGCACACCCGUCCAGACCAUUAUCAACAUUGAGAUGAAUUGUGAGUUUUAUGUUGGAUUUUCUUGCUUAAAGGAUAAUAAACGUGGGAUGGAUAAAUUUUGA